GAAACUGACAUUUCGCUAUGCUGAAUCCUGAAAAACCAGAGCGGCAAAAAUGUCUGCAGGCCAAUUGGAAUCGUUGGAGACCACUUUGGAGACUUACAUCCCAAAAGAUGAGCUGAAAGAGGUUAAACGCAUCUUAUUUGGCAAGGAGACCAAGAUGUUGGAGCUCCCGUCAGACGCCCUGGAGGCUGCACGGCAAGGUGACUUUGAGCUGAAAGGCUAUAGCUUUGAGGCAACUGAAGAACAGCUGAGGCUGCCCAGAAGGAUUCGAGUGGGACUGAUUCAACAGCACAUUGUUCAACCCACAGAUGCGCCCAUCCUGGACCAGGUCAAUGCUAUGCACAACCGGAUCGGGCAAAUAGUGGAAGUAGCGGCCAAGUGCGGUGUGAACAUUGUCUGCUUUCAGGAAACAUGGACCAUGCCGUUUGCUUUCUGCACCCGUGAGAAAGAACCAUGGACGGAAUUUGCAGAAUCUGCCGAGAAUGGAAAUACCACACGUUUCUGCCAGAAGCUGGCCAAAAAAUACAACAUGGUCAUUGUUUCUCCAAUUUUGGAGCGGGACGAGAUGCACAACACUCUGUGGAACACGGCGGUGGUGAUAUCCAACUCUGGAAAUGUGCUGGGGAAGAGCAGGAAGAAUCAUAUCCCGAGAAUUGGAGACUUUAACGAGUCGACAUAUUAUAUGGAGGGUGACACUGGCCACACAGUGUUCCAGACACAAUUUGGGAAGAUAGCCAUUAAUAUCUGCUACGGGCGCCAUCAUCCCCUCAACUGGUUCAUGUACAGUAUGAAUGGAGCGGAGAUCAUCUUUAACCCUUCUGCUACCGUUGGUGCCCUAAGCGAACCCAUGUGGCCUAUUGAGGCCAGGAAUGCAGCCAUAGCAAACCACUGUUUUACCUGUGCAAUUAAUCGAGUUGGGACAGAGCAUUUCAAAAGUGAAUUUACAUCUGGUGACGGACAAAAAGCUCACCAUGACUUUGGCCACUUCUAUGGAUCGAGUUAUGUGGCCGCCCCCGAUGGAAGCCGCACCCCGGGGCUUUCUCGAACUCGUGAUGGACUAUUGGUAGUUGAAAUGGACCUCAAUCUGAACCGUCAAAUUAGUGACAAAUGGAGUUUCAAGAUGACUGGGCGUUACCCUGAGUAUGCUGAGGCUCUUACCAACGCCGUCAGACAUGACUUCCAACCACAAAUAGUGAAGGAAUAAAUGAAAAGAGAAAUCUAAAAAUCCACUUAAGAUAUUCUCGAUUUAGGACCAAAAUUGUUCCAUGGUCAUUACAUUGUGGCCAACCAUAGAAAAACCUUUACCUGUUUUUCUUUUUCCCAGAGGACAUUAAGAAACUGAAAAAGAACCCAUUUCUGACUUGACAAAAAUAUAUUUAAAGUACAAGACGAGCCUGACAUCUGCUGCACAUAUAAUAGUUUUAUGUCCGUGGCCCGUUAUUUUCAUAUCUGGGACUUAUAAUUACAAUUACAACAUAUGUUCUCUUAAAAAUCACAAGCACCACAAGUGUAGGAUUAAAUGUUUAAUUUAAACAACAUAAUUGUGCGUGAAAAGUGGAGUGCAAUGACAUUCGCAAGAAAAUGGCAAUGCAAAAAAUCUAAGCAUGCUCCAGCUGAUUUGUUUCCACAAAACAGAAACCUUCUACUGAAGCUUAUCUUAACAGAAAACAUGAACAACAGUUCCGUCACAGUAAGUUACGGAUCUUCAAGCAUGUUCUUCUUAAUGGCAGCUUCUGUUUUGGAUCAUUUCAUGGAAUCCAGUUUCCCUUUAGGAGGAAUAAAAUCUGAGAUUGGUUCAUAAUAUACACUCAGAGGACACCGCAUUGAGGACACCUGAAUUUCCGUCGCAAGAUUAUCGAUCAAUGCAUUUUUAUGGUCUCCUAUACAUGUGUGAUGAGAGAUACUUUCAAUGCUAAUCAUAAAUGAAUGCUCAGUUUGAGUUUAUACCACUAAUGAGGUGUUUUUUAGAUAAAAAAAAUUGACAAAAUAUUAGAAUAACAAUUUGUCUUAUGAUGAAGUGCAGUUUUACAUCAGCACUGGAAAUCACAACUACAAAAAUUUAUAAACAUUGUUAAAUGAAUAGCCCGCCGACAGCAUCCUUCAAAACUGCUUUUGAUCUUUGUAAGGCUAUUUUAAUUACCUGAGACUUUCAAAGCCCAACUAGUUUCCUUGUCGCAAUGAAAAUGUGAACAAAAUGACAAAAAUUGAGUUUGGACUUCAGAUAAUACUGGUGACUUAAAAACACA